AAAAUGGGGUUAGAGAGAGUGACUUGGGGUCUUUUACCUAGAAAGGGAGUAGGACAGAGGUGCUUGAUUCCCAAGGCUGAGCACUUGAAGUGCUGACUGUGUCAACCCCCUGUGCCUUGUGAUGGCUCUUGAGGUGCCUGUGGCUUUGCUGGAGCCCUAGUGUGCCUGGCUGGACCCUGUACCCCGGAGUGCUGGCUGCCAGCAUAGCCUUCUCUCCACAGGUGGGUGAGUGAGAGGCCAGGCCGCCCUGAGUCAACCACAAUCUCCCCAGCCUUGUGGAAGGCUGUGCUGCCUGCCGCUGGUGGCCCAGCUUCCAGAGUGUUUUAAAAUAGAAACAGAGCCUGGAAAGCCAGGCUGCCCCCCUGUGAGACUCUGUGGAGGGGGGAGGGGAAGGCAGCUGCUUUGGGAGCUCAGCCUGCUUCCAGAGCAGAGGGCCAUCGCCUUGCUAGCAUCUGGAACCAGGGACUGUUCCCUGAGCUGCCUUUGCUUGGAAAGAAAGUGGUGUGUGUGUGUGUGUGUGUGUGUGUGUGUGUGUGUGUCUGUCUGUCUGUCUGUCUGUCUGUCUGUGGUUGGGGGAAGCUGCUAGGAGGUUAAUCCCCCCCCCUUGGUCCCUAGGGUUGGUGAUAUGGUUGAUUUUGUUGUGACUAUCAUGACCUCUGUAUUAUUAUUUUUUUUUUACAUAUAAGGGUUUUCCCUGCACAUAUGUAUGCAUAUCAUGGUCAUGCAAUGCCCACAGGGUCCAGGAAAGAGCUUCGGUCAGGUCCCCUUGAACUGGAGUUAGAGAUCAUUUUGUUUGUUUUUUCUUUUUUUCUUUUUUCGGAGCUGGGGACCGAACUCAGGGUCUUGCGCAUGCUAGGCAAGCGCUCUACCACUGAGUUAAAUCCCCAACCCCUAGAGAUCAUUUUGAGCCCCUGUGUGGAUGCAGGGAACCAAACCUGGGUCCUCUGCAAAGCAGCUAGUGCUCUUGAUGGCUGAACCACCUCUCUAUCUCCUUGAUACCUCUUUCGUUUGCUGGUCCAUCUUUGCCCUGGAGAACCACCCAAACCUGUUGGAGAGAGAGCAGAGCCAAAAGUUUUCCCACAAUUCUUUCAUUCUUGGGGGGGGGGGUGGAUCCUGGGAUGGCGAUGGUAGCAUUUGGUUGCGUUGGCUCCUGACAGUAGUAGCUAUGAACUGUCAUCCAGUUACUCAUGCAGUGUAACAAGGAGGUCACUGGCGUGUACAGGUAUCUGAGAAAGGGUGGGCUGUGAGUCUUUUCACACCCCGGGCUCUUCUGCCAAGUUGAUCACCCCUCCAUCAUCAUCAUCUAUGGUUACCUGGAGGGGUUGAGAGAUGCCUUGGCAGGUGGCGCCUGUUCUUUGGGAAGAUGUCUUGCUUCCCCUCUGCUUUUGGAGAUGGGGGAUCUGAGCUCACUGGGGGUGUUUCUGGUGUUGAGGAGACUCUAAGUCCUGGUUAGGCGUGAGACCCAUGGGCAGGGCCUAUGCUAGUUUGGGGUUCUGGUGGGUGCUUGGUACAGAGCGAGCCCAGUGUUUUUUGUAGACCAUUGCUGUCUGCCCUCAGACUGUUUGACAGUUACCCUGGCAAUUUUUAUACUGAAGUUAAGGAGCUUUGCCCUGCUCUGUGCUUUCUGGGCAGAGUGGCCCAGAUGUUGGUGGUUGCUUGGGAGUGGAAUGUAGCCUUGUCCAGUGAUAGGGCUACUGUCUCAGUUUCAAUCAGUUCUUAGAACCGGCAUGAACACUGUCCGGACAGCUUUUCCUUCCUGGAUCUUAAAAUAUUAGUCUUAUGUCAAUCCGUGUUUUGUGCGCUUCUAUGUAUAUAUAACAUGCGUGUAUGUCUGAAAAGGGAUUGUAUCUCCUGGAACUGGAUUUACAGAUGGUCACAAGCCACCACGCAGGUGCUGGGAAUUGAACUCUGGUCCUCCAGAAAAGUAGCUAUUGCUUUAAACCAACUACCCUCUCCCUAGUUCUUUCUCUUUUUAAAAAAGAACCCCUUAUUUUAUGUGUAUGUAUGUGGACUACAUGUGUGUAGUGUCUGAGAAGCCUGCGGAGUGCACUGCAGCUCCUGGAGCUGGAUUUACAGAGGUGGGCACUAGAAACCCAAUCCCAGUCCCUCGAAGAGUGGACAGUGCCCUUAGCCUCUGAGCCAUCUCUCCAGUCCUCUGGCAUCUUGACUGCAGUGACUAACGUUGCUGACUUCCAGUAUUUUCUGCUCUUCACAACAACAUUUAAAUAAUGAAGUAGAAUUGAAAAAAUGGAAACCACAUCUGGAUUCCACAUCUACCUUCCCAAAACCACAUUCCUCCCCGAGGCUGCUGUCCUGCCCACAUGGGGCCCCUUCUUCCUGUUUUCUCCCAUUCAUUCACAAGUUCCUGAAUGGAUAAGGGACCCACUAAUUAUGUAGAAUUAGAAAUUUCCAUGCUCUUUUCUUUCCUCUUCUUUUUUAUUUUAAUGAUUUAUUUUUUCUUUUUGAGGCAGUGUCUCACUAUGCAGCUCUGGCUGGCCUUGAACUCACAGAGAUCUGCCCACCUCUGCCUCCUGAGAGCUGGGAUUUAAGGCCUGCACCACAACACCCAGCUUGGCUUUCUCUUUUCAUUCAGUAGUACAUAGUGUUCUACGUUCUCACUUAUAAAUUCACGACUGUUAUUGUUUUGAGAUAACCCAGGCUACUCACAUUCCCUGUGUGGCCAACCUUGAACUUUUGGUCCUCCUGCCUCCUUGCCCCAAGUGUUGAAAUUACAGGCUUUCGUCUCCAUGCUCAUCUCUCCUCAUUGCUUUUGAUGACUCUUUGGCGUUCCUUAGUUUGUUAGUAUUUUCCUUUUUUGGUUUCAUCAUUUUUCUAAUGAUGGGCAUAGUGGUCAUGUCUAGGUUUGUGUGACACAGGUGAUGGUGUAGAAAAUAUGUAUGCUUCUGUAGGUUUUUUGGUGCCUGGAUCACCUAGUGAGUGGGGGUGGGGUUCCUAGGAGUAAGAUUAACGCUGAGUUAAUUGUCCAUCCAUUGUCCUCCAAGAGAGUGGACUGCAUUCACACUUCCUUCCUUGGAUCAUGGCAUUAGCAUUUUACUAGUCUUGGGGUUGUCACUGUACUGCAGCUCUUGGGAUAAAACCCAUGGCUGGUUUUAAGGCCUAAAGCACCCAGGAUUCCCUCUGAGAGGUUCCUUAGCCGGUAUCCGCUCUUUCCUAGUGUGGGGUUGCUGCUAUGGGGUCUCCUGGUCUACUCUACUCCUGCUUUCCAGCUGCCUUGCGGGGGAAGCGCCUACUUCCUGGUUACAUUGUAAUUUACUUGUUCCUAUUGUCAGACACCAAGUUUCUACUUUCCUCUUUUUGUUACAAUGAUACUUAAAAAAAAAAAAAAACCAAACUGAGUCAGACUCUGUCCUUAGUCCUGAGUUCAUCUAGAACUCCCCUCCUGGUCUCUCCCUCUUUGUCUUUCACCCUUUUUCUUCUCUCUCUUAAAUUUUAUGUAUAUGAAUGUUCGCCUUCUCACAUGUGUGUACACCUGUGAGCCACCAUGUUGGAGCUGGGACUUAACUCGUUUCUACCGCAAGAACAGCAAGUGCUCCUCACCUCUGUGCAUCUCUCCAACCCCUCCUCUCCUCUGUUUUUGAGACAAGAGUCUUAUGAAGCAUAGGCUGGCUUUGAACUCACUAUGUAGUCAGCGAUGACUUUGGUCAACUUCUGGUCCUCUUGUCUCUUAUCUCCUUAGGGCUGGGAUUAUAGUCAUGUGCUACCAAGCCUGGUAUGCAGUGCAGGGAUAGUACUCGGGGCUCUGUGCGUGCUAAGCAAACAUACCAACAGAGACCCAUCCCUCCCCUUAAGCUAGUCUCUGGCUUCAGCCUCUGAAAUUGCAGCAGCAAAAAGCACAAAGCAAACCCAGCUUGCAGUGACACUUUGGUAGGGCUGGUGAGCGAGCUCAGCAGUUAAAGGCACUUGCUGCCAGGUCUGAAGACACAAUUUCAGUUCCCAGAACCUAUACGGUGGAAGGAGAGAACUAACUCCUGGAUGGUGUCCUCUGACCUUCCCAGGUGCACCACGGUACACACAGGCUCACUGAAUACAUGUAAUUAGAGCUAUAAGACCUGAUGCUCAUUGCAUAUUUACUCAUGAAUGCCCAUCACGUGCCAGGUCUUGACAUCUAUGGACAUUUGGGUAAACAUCCGCUUGACAGGCUCUGAGGAGCUUUGAGUGCAGGGUGUGUUGUGGGAGGAGGAGUGGAGGGCGGGAGCACGGUGAGUGAGCAGCUGUCACUGCCAUGGAGUUGAUGAGUCAGGAAGAUGUUGUCCUCCCCAGGCCCCAAGAUGGAAGUUACGUAAGUGUGUUGUGUGAACUGCUGGGUGAUAUACAAUCCUUCCCCCUCUGCUUCCAGUAUGACUGGGUAUCCAUUCCUUAGGCUGGAGUGGCGUUUGCAUAAUUGGUUCAAGGUCAGCCAGGGAAGGCUUGGGUUGGUAGACUGGCAGACCAGGGAGGGUGGGGGUUGGAGGGGGGAAACAGGUGCCAAAUGAAGGCAAUAUGGUAAAAUAGUAUUGAAGGGAGCCUCACAGGGCCUGGCCCCUACCUUGAGCUCGGAAGUCCUAACUCACGCCCCCAUAAUAAUCUCCUUAGAGCUGAUGCGGUAUCUGGUGUUUGCUGUGGGCAGUGGUUUUGUUUUUCUUUUGUGACAGGUGGCUUUCCAUGUUGGGUUUGGGGAUUAUCGUCAACAGAGUGCAUUUGGGGAACACUAAAUAAUGUGUGUUCUGCCUUUUCCUCGAGGUGGGAUCUGGUCUAGAUGCCUGCAGGGCGGGGCCCUGGGGGCCGUCUUUUCUGUGAGGUCAGGAAGAGUAGCAGGAAAAGGCUUGGCUUCUGUUAGUUUGGAGACAGAGCUGGGUUGGUAGAGUGCUUGCCUAGCCUGCACACCGCUAGCCCCAACACCACGUACAUCCGAAAUGCUCGUACCCCAGCAAUCCAAGAUGGAGGCAGAAAGAUCAGUUCCUGUCUGCAUAAACAUGGCUGUGCCUCCCACAUAUGCUGAUCUUGGCAAGUCCGCCAGGGAUGUCUUCACCAAGGGCUACGGCUUUGGCUUAAUAAAACUUGAUUUGAAAACGAAGUCCGAGAAUGGAUUGGAAUUUACUAGCUCAGGUUCUGCCAACACGGAGACCACCAAAGUGAACGGCAGUCUGGAAACCAAGUACAGAUGGACCGAGUAUGGGCUGACGUUUACUGAGAAGUGGAACACAGACAACACCCUGGGCACUGAGAUCACCGUGGAAGACCAGCUUGCUCGUGGACUGAAGCUGACCUUUGAUUCAUCUUUCUCGCCUAACACUGGGAAAAAAAAUGCUAAAAUCAAGACAGGGUACAAGAGGGAGCAUAUCAACCUGGGCUGUGAUGUGGACUUUGACAUCGCUGGGCCCUCAAUCCGGGGCGCUCUGGUGCUUGGCUAUGAGGGUUGGCUGGCUGGCUACCAGAUGAAUUUUGAGACCUCGAAGUCCCGAGUGACCCAGAGCAACUUUGCAGUUGGCUACAAGACGGACGAAUUCCAGCUUCAUACUAAUGUGAAUGAUGGGACGGAGUUUGGUGGCUCCAUUUACCAGAAGGUGAACAAGAAGUUGGAGACUGCUGUCAAUCUCGCCUGGACCGCAGGAAACAGUAACACUCGCUUUGGAAUAGCAGCCAAGUAUCAGGUCGACCCUGAUGCCUGCUUUUCGGCCAAAGUGAACAACUCCAGUCUAAUUGGCUUAGGGUACACUCAGACCCUAAAACCAGGUAUCAAACUGACACUGUCAGCCCUGCUGGAUGGCAAGAACGUCAAUGCGGGUGGCCACAAGCUUGGUUUAGGACUGGAAUUUCAAGCAUAAAUGAAUAUUGUACAAUCGUUAAUUUUAAACUAUUUUGCAGCAUAGCUACCUUCAGAGUUUAGUGUACCUUUUAAUGUCAUAUGUUGGGGAUGCGAGAGUUGAUUGAUACCACGUUAGACCUCCAGGCUAAGGAUGACUCGGCUUUAAGGUGUUUACCGUUUCAGAGGUACAGCGGAAACCCCAUUCCAGGAAGGGUCCUUUUUAGCUGUAGGCGUGGGCUGGGGAGGAGCUCCUCUAGAGAUGCCAGGCUGCAAGUGGAAGCUGGGAACGUGUGGACCCUUUGUAAAUCUGUAUCCAGUCCGCACAUGAAAUUGUGACUUCCUGAACAUCGAACCCCGGUGUCCCGAUCCUGUCUGCUCGGAAGCAUGUACACACCUACGUGAAAGGGACGGUUUUUUUUUUUUUUUAUCGGAUGGUCACGCCCUGUUCCCAUCGUGCCCUGUUCCCAUCCUAGCCCAUCAGUUACCUGUUUUACACCAAAAGUAGUCUUUAGGGUGUAGUUAGCAAUUUCUUUUGUGCCAUUUUAGGGUGGAGAGGGUGGGCAUGAUGAAGCCAGUCAUUCAGGACUUAAUUCUUCCUUGUGUUGUGGUGUGGUUUUCUUCCUUUCUUCUGUUUUUUUUUUUUAAUUCCUUUUUUUUUGCCAUUGCACCAGAGUAUGAAAUAGCUUCCAGGUUCUCCGGCUCAGAGCUGGGCGGGUGAUUGUGGUCACACCCUGACAACACUAGGGAUCUCAACGGACUCCUCUUGUAGCCGCACCACUAUUUUUAGCAGUUUAAUGGGUACAUUAUAGAGUCUUCCAUUUUGUGUGGAAUUAGCUCCUCCCCUUCAAAUGCUGUAAUUAACAUCACUUAAAAUAAAACUUGAAUAAAAUACUGAAACCUCA